ACUAAAAUAAGUCUUGGUCCACCUUUAUUUUUGAAUUUUCAUUUUCUGAAAAUCAAAAAAUAAAUUUAUAAUUCAAUAAAUAAAAAAUAAAUAGUAAAAAUAGUUUCUUCGUAGAAAAAGAAAACAAGUAUUUUCAUACGCCUAAUUUUCGGUGUGUCCUGCUUGUGACAAUGCGACCAACGUGGCGUUGUUCAGACUUAACAGAGCCUACCCUCUUCCUUUAUUUACGAAAACGACCAGGUUCAAUGUACUUAAUUCCACCUAGGCCACCCAAAAAAUCCCAACAGCCACUCUCGCCGACUCCAUUUUGCCACUCCCCCUUUUGCUAUAUAAACCACCAAAUGUCGGUCUCCGUUUCAUCGUCUGUCCACUCCUCUUCCUCUCCCUCUUCUUCUUACUCUCCCAACUCCCAAUCCCAACAAGCUAAUAUGGCCGGAGCGGAACUCGGCGGCGGCGUUAUUAAAGGCAGGAAGCGAACCACGUCGGACCUCGACGCCAAGCACGACGACCCGCCGAUGAUUCUGACAAAGAAAUCAGCCCCGCCCCCGCCUCUGUGGGAGGACCCGGCGGCGGCUCUGGCGAACGCCCGUCACGAAUUCGGCGAACACGGCGGCGUGAACAUGUCGAUCGAGGCCUCUGCUACCUUCACCGUCAUGGAGCCGGAGACCAUGCGCCGCAUGUUCUCCGGCGAGCUCGGCGCGGACCGCGACUUCUUCAUCUACAGCCGCCACUUCAACCCGACGGUCUUAAACCUCGGCCGCCUCAUGGCCGCCAUGGAGGGCACCGAGGCCGCCUACUGCACGGCCAGCGGCAUGUCGGCGAUCUCGUCGGUUCUCCUGCAGCUCUGCAGCGCCGGCGGCCACGUGGUGGCGUCGCAGGCGCUUUACGGCGGGACCCACGCGCUGCUGACCCACUUCCUGCCUCGGGCGUGCGGCAUAACGACGUCGUUCGUGAACGUGACGAACCUGGAAGCCGUGCGGGCGGCUAUCGUGGAGGGGAAGACGCAGGUGCUGUACUUCGAGACGAUGGCGAACCCGUCGCUGACGGUGGCCGACGUGCCUGAGCUGUGCAGGAUAGCGCACGAUAAGGGGGUGAAGGUGGUGGUGGAUAACACGUUUGCGCCGAUGGUGCUGUCGCCGGCGAGGCUGGGCGCCGACGUGGUGGUGCACAGCAUAUCCAAAUAUAUUAGCGGUGGGGCGGACAUUAUCGCAGGCGCUGUCUGUGGGCCUGCCAGCCUGGUGAACUCAAUGAUGGACUUGCAGCAGGGGGCCCUGAUGCUGUUGGGCCCAACAAUGAACGCCAAGGUGGCCUUCGAGCUCUCAGAGAGAAUCCCCCACCUCGGCCUGAGAAUGAAGGAGCACUGCCACCGGGCCCUGGUCUUCGCCCAAAGGAUGCAGAAACUGGGCCUGAAGGUCAUAUACCCGGGCCUGGAGGCCCACCCGCAGCACCAGAUCCUGAAGGCCAUAGCCAACAAGGAAUACGGGUUCGGUGGCAUACUGUGCGUGGACAUGGAGACGGAGGACCGGGCGAACCGGCUGAUGAACCAUCUCCAGAACUGCACCCAGUUCGGGUUCAUGGCGGUCAGCCUGGGCUACCACGAGACCCUGAUGUCCUGCUCCGGCAGCAGCACCAGCAGCGAACUGAACGCCGAAGAGCAGAGGUUGGCAGGAAUCUCGCCGGGGCUGGUGAGGAUGUCGAUCGGGUACACUGGGACGCUGGAGCAGAGGUGGAGCCAGUUCGAGAAGGCGCUCUCUAGGAUGCAGGAUUCGGGUUUGUUUAAUAAGAAAAACUGAAGUGAAAGUGGGUACUGGGUAGUGGGUGGGUUUUACGGCCCAAAUUGUCGUUUGGGUUCGGGUCGAUGGAUGAUCGGGUCGUGGGUCUUGUAUAAAAUGGUAAUGGAAUGGAUGUUCUUUUCUGGAAUGUUAUUUUAAUAAGGAAAUAUUCGAAGUUUUACAUCGCAA